GGUGUUAUCAACGUAAGUUGUCUGUACUUGAGCCAACAGCCGUGGUCGACACGAGACGUUGAGGACGAGUUCAGUAGGCGUUAUUACAUCCUAAUGGUAAAGCAGUUGACUGGCUUUGGAAACUAAUUAUUUACCUGUAGACAGAUUUGUCCACUGUCCAUCGUUAAGGAGUAAAACCAUGGAACUGACAAGCGCAGAAUACCAAUAUGACCCGGAUAAUUUUGAAGUGACAGAACAAAUGUUAGCAGACUACAAAGAACAUGGUUACAUAAUGAUACGCGGGUUUCUUGACAAAGAAGAAAUGACCGGCGUGAAGAAAGUAUUAGAGGAAUCCGAAAUGAGGAGCAAAUAUGGCUACGGGAUACCCGACGGCACUGGAAAAGAACCAAAAUUUGUGAUAUGGGGUCAUCCCGGAAAUGACGUCACGGGAAUGAUUGCUAGAAGUGAAAAAGUUGUUAAUACAAGUGAAAAGUUAUUAGGGGGAGAGGUGUACCACUAUCACGCCAAGUUUGUUCAGAAGGACCCACGUACAGGAGGAGGACUACUCUGGCAUCAGGAUUACGGGUACUGGUACCAGAACAGUAUCCUUUUCCCUGACCUAUUGACAGCCUUUAUCGCCGUGGAUAAGUGUGAAAAGGCUAACGGUUGCCUCCAGAUCCUGCGCGGCUCGCACAAAUGCGGUCGUAUCGACCACCUACCCCAAGGAGGACAGCACCAGGCUGACUUGGAUAGAGUAAAAGACAUCAAGGGGAUAUGUCCCCUGGAAUACGUGGAAAUGAACCCCGGAGAUGCAAUAUUCUUCAGCUGUAAUUUGCUACACACCAGUGACACAAACUCAAGCGAUACCCGUCGUUGGGUUCUUUUGUUUUCGUAUAACCUGAAAUCAAACGACGCCUUGCGCCCCCAUCAUCACCCUCAGUACACGCCGCUGCAGAAGGUACCCAACUCGGCAAUUAAAGAGUGCACAAACUACUUCGACCUGUCCGGCAAGGAUUUUCUGGACCCCGAUAUCGACAAGACAGUCAAAGCUCACAAACAAGAAUAUUAACAUUGCAGUUACAUUGUCCUGACUUUAACAAUUCGUGAUGCAAUGUUUUGUCAUCUAGCAUGGAUUAAUGCGUUGAUAGGAAUGGUGUAAUCUAUUUUGAUGUUAACAACAAUAAACUAUUUUGGUUAUCACAUAAACCUCUCGCAUGAAGGUAGAUGGUAAAUUACACAUAGAGACAAUAUUAUUUAGUUAAUUUUAGUAUAUUUUCCAGUCAUUAUAACUAGAAUACAAAUUAAGCCAAUUGUAUAUUGUAAGUUGUUUCUCCAUGAGAAUGUAUAUUUAUCAUUAGCCACUAAAAUAUCUUAAACGAAAAUAAGAUGGAGAAAGUAAAUGAACAAAUAUAAUCUCGAAUGCUGUCAACUGAAAAUGAAAUUAGUUAUCAAUGUGUUUGAAAUAGUUUAAACCUACAUCAUACUUUAUACCCAACGCAUUCUUUUUAUAUUUUGCUGUGAACUGGAUAACUACAGAAAUGUCUUUGAGAAAACUUAAUAUUUUGACAAUAUAAUUUCGACAGAAAUAUGAACUUUUUUUUUAAUUUUACGCCGUAAAUGCAUCACAACAGAAAGAACAAAUGUUUUCUUAUCUCUACGAAAAUCUCUUAUGAAAAAAAAAUAAAAAAUAAAAAUGUAAGAAAAGAAAAAAAAAAAACAAAACAAAAAACAUUCAAAUCAAAUUUGCUAUCACGAGGGUAUUAUAUGAAGACAAUAUAUAUUUACAUGAAAAAGUACAAAAACAAUAAUACCAGGUGUUCUGGAAGAUAGCAAGCGUCCAUCGACGAUAUCCGCCAUACAAAUCCUUAUGUCAAAUACGGAUGAAGGCAAAUUCUCGAAAUAAGUACACGAUGAUGACAAGGGAACACCCAAGGUGUGUUUUAUUGUUGACAUACAUUACAAGUAACACAACUGAGGAGUUCAACAUUAUAUUUUUCAAUUUUUGAAGCAAAGUCGUAUUAAAAAAAUAUUUAAAAAAAAAAAAAAAAAAAAAAA